AUGGCCACCCCCACUGUCCUGACUUUUGACGCCGAGGGUCGCGCCAUUGACUUUGCAGUCUGGAUUGAGGACCUGCAGCUGUACUUACUGUGCGAUGCGAUCGAUGAGGUUUCUCUCUUUGACUUUGUCUCUGGCGCUGUCCCUGCCCCUCCUGCUGAUGCUGACCCCACUGUUCGCUCCAAGUGGGCCACACGCGAUGCUGCUGCACGUCUUGCUGUGCGUCGCCACCUCCCUUCCUCCGAGCGUGCACACUUUAGUCAGUGCAAGACCGCUCAGGCCUUGUACGACGCUGUAGUUGCGCGCUACUCCUCCCCUUCCACUGCUACACCGAGCCGCCUCAUGCUACCGUACCUCUUCCCUGACCUUGCUGCCUUUCCCACAGUCACUGAACUCUUUACCCACCUUCGCGCUAGUGACACUCGCUACCGAGCUGCGCUUCCUGCUGCCUUCCUCUCUGAAAACCCCCCUCCCAUGUACAUCACCCUCUACUUUCAAGUCACCCGUCUCCCUGAGUCCCUUCGUGCUGUUAGGGACCAGUUUCUCUCUGUCUGUCCCACCACCCUCACUGUCGACCUCCUCGAGAAGUCCCUGCUAGCGGCCGAGAAGAGUAUAGUCGCUGUAGGGGCCUCUCGUGGUGACCCGCGCACCCCCAUCUUUGAGGGGUGUUCUCCUUCCCCCCUGUUACCCUCCGUCGCCUCUGCUGCUGCGGCCGACCUCGUUGGUUUAGAGUCGGUCGGUGCGGCGUCUGCCCCCAGCGGUAGGCGCCGCUCUGGCAGGAGCAAGGGAGGCAAGGGAGCGGGUGGAGCUAGCGGGGGCGGUGGCGGAGGAGGUGGGGGCGGCGGGGGGAGUGGGGGUGGCGGUGGGGGUGGAGCCGGGAGUGGAGGUACUGGUGGUGGCAGUGGAGGCGGAGGUGGCAGCGGAGGUGGUGGCGGAGGUGGCAGUGGGAGCGGCGGGGGCGAGGGUAGCGGUGGCGGCGGUGGCGGCGGAGGCGGAGGUGGUGGUGGUGGAGGUGGUCGGAGUGGCUCGUCCCAGCGGGGCAGCACUGGGGGUGGUCAGCGCCAGCAACAGCAGCGCUCUCGCGACGUCCCCGCCCCUCAGCAGCUCCGUGAGUGGUACUCGCAGCGUCAGCGUGGUGGGGCGUUCGGUCCCUGCGCCUACGUCCUUCGCACCGGCGACCGCGCGGGUGAGCAGUGUGGGGGCACCCACACCGCUCGUCGCUGCUUUGCCCGCUUGACCGACGCUUGGCGCCUGCAGUUUCCGGAGGCCUCUGAGAUCCCCCGCUGGGGAGAGCUGUCUAGGGCUGGUGUAGCUGUUUUUGAUCUUGACUUUGAUGCUAUCCUUGCUGCCAUGUAUGCUGUGGCUGUUAGUGAUGAUGGUGACUGUUACCGGUGUUUCCCGCCCGACCCGGGCAUUGGUACUGCUGCGUCAGGUACCAGUGAGGCUGCUGCUCUAGGUGCCAGUGCGUCUGUGCUCUCAGGUACUGGUGAGUCUGCCCUCUCAGGUACUGUGUCGGCUUCUGCCUCUCACACCUUCACCCUUGACUCUGGGGCGUCUCGCUCCUUCUUUCGGGACCGCACCACUCUCACGCCGCUUAGUCGGCCUGCUGCGGUGUCCCUGGCUGACCCCUCUGGGGGUCCUGUCCUGUCUCGUUUCUCCACAGUCCUCCCGUGUCCGGCAGCUCCCUCUGGCACCCUGACUGGUCUUUACCUCCCCUCGUUCUCUACGAACCUGGUGAGUGGUGCUGACCUACAGGAUGUGGGUGUCCACCAGUUCACUCCUGCUCGUCAGCGGGUGACGCACUGCACAGAGGCUAGCACAGGUCGCCACCUGGCUACGUUUACACGUCAGCCAGGGUCGAGCCUGUACACACUGACCACUGCUUCUCCUCCCGGUGCUGAGUCUAGUAGAGUCCCUUCGUCUGGUCAGGUGUUUGCUGCAGCGUCCAAAUCUGGUCCUGAGUCUGCCCCCUGUUCGUGUCGCCGUCUGUCUCACGAGACUCUCCUCUGGCACCACCGCCUUGGCCACCCCUCUCUGCUUCGGCUCAGAGGCAUGGCCUCCCGUCUUCUUGUGUCUGGUCUCCCCCGGUCCAUCCCUCCCCUUCCUCACGGCCCUGGCCCUGCCUGUGUCCCCUGUGUCGAGGGGCGCCUGCGUGCUGCCCCUCACUCCUCCCAGUUUCCUCCGACAGAGGCUCCGUUGCAGACACUUCACAUGGACGUGUGGGGCCCUGCCCGCGUCCGUGGACUCGGUCACGAGCGCUACUUCCUGUUGGUGGUUGACGACUACUCGCGUUACACCACAGUCUUCCCCUUGCGCAGCAAGGGUGAUGUCACUGUGGUGCUAAUCGACUGGAUCCGCGCAGCUCGUCUCCAGCUCAGGCAGAGCUUUGGCUCGGACUUUCCUGUGUUGCGUCUGCACUCGGACAGAGGCGGAGAGUUCUCCUUUGGCCUUCUGCGUGCCUUCUGUCGGACGGUUGGCGAUGCGUCGGCGUUCCGGGUCUGGGGAUCUCGGGCGUUUGUCCGCGACUUGUCUGCGGACAAGCUGUCCCCUCGCGCUGCUCCCUGCGUCUUCCUGGGGUUCCCCCCCGACGCCCCUGGGUGGCAGUUCUACCACCCCACCUCUCGACGUGUUCUGUCCUCCCAGGACGUCACGUUCGACGAGUCGGUACCCUACUACCGCCUCUUCCCCUACCGCACUCCGGUCCUGCCCCUUCAGGUGUGUCCCAGGUAG